AUGGCAAGCAUGGAUCGUACAACAAUUUGCAUGUGGUCAAAGGAACGCCCCACCUGUCUGCCCGUAAUUCUGGGGUACAGGGGUAGGCAGCUGCUGCAUUGGGAAAAGAGGCAUGUGCACAAGAUGGGUCCGCUGGAGAUGAGGCGUCGUCAACUAAAGUCGCAGAAUAGAGCUGUUGGGAGUGCUGAAGAUGAGAGAGGUUCAAGCAUGUGA